AUGUUCAUCUCUAUCAUUUCUAUCGCUGCCAUUUUGCAGUGCGUCAGCGCUGCUCCGUCCUCCACUUCGUCCUCCGCGGCGCUGAGUGGCCUCAAUACCAAGUUCACCGCCAAGGGGAAACUCUUCUGGGGUGCUGCGGCCGACCAAGAUACCAUAUCUAUUUCCGAGAACGAGGCCAUUCUGGAGUCCGAAUUCGGGGCCGUUACUCCCGAGAAUUCUAUGAAGUGGGACGCUACCGAAAGUACCCAAGGAACGUUUACCUUCACUGGAUCCGACUACCUUGUCAACUGGGCUGUCUCGAACAGUAAGAAAAUCCGUGGACACACCUUAGUGUGGCACUCGCAGCUCCCUUCGUGGGUCUCUGCCAUCACGGACGCGGAUACACUGACCUCGGUCAUUCAAACACAUAUUUCCAAUGUAGCGGGGCAGUAUGCUGGUAAACUCUAUGGUACUGAGGUUUUGAAUGAAGACGGUACUCUGCGGUCCAGUGUGUUCAAUGACGUUCUCGGGGAGGACUUCAUCACCAUCGCGUUCAAAGCCGCAAGAGCUGCGGAUCCUACGGCAAAAUUAUACAUCAACGAUUACAAUCUCGACUCGAACAACGCCAAGACUCAAGGAAUGGUCUCCCUUGUUAAGCGGAUCAAUGCCGAUGAACAGCUAAUCGACGGUAUUGGUACACAGAUGCACUUGUCGGCUGGUGGCUCGAGCGGGGUAGCGGCGGCUCUGACGGCUCUGGCAGGGGCGGGUACAGACGUUGCUAUUACCGAGCUGGAUAUUGUCGAUGCAAGCGCCGAUGACUAUACCACCGUUGUUGAUGCCUGCCUGGCCAAUUCUGCCUGUGUCUCCAUCACUAGCUGGGGAGUCAGCGAUGCCAACUCCUGGCGCGCCAGUUCUACGCCUUUGUUGUUCGACAGUAACUACCAGCCAAAGGAUGCGUAUACGGCGGUUAUAUCCGACCUGUCUUAA